CGCUUGCUCAACCCCAGAGUGUAAGCAAGAGAGUUGCCAAACGCAGACUUUUUUGCCUCUUAAGUUUUAAACGCACCUAAGCUGCGUGGAGCGAGUCAUUCUGGAGCAGCGCACGGGACAGAGCACAACCCAUUGAGAAAUCCCAUCCGCUCCACUGUCACAUUUCUGAUGUGAACUGUAGACAGAGGGACGGUUUUCACAGCGCGUCUGCUGCCGCUCAUAUCCGAUGGUUUCUAAGGCUGAGGAUAUUUUACACUUUGAGGAGAAACGGAGGCAAGGUGUGAUUUUCCGGUGUUUGAAUCGUCAGUGGAUAUAUAGCGGUUCUGGACUCGAGAGCGCUCGCGAGCACAGCGCGAGAGGCUAUCAAAGGAAAUUAGCGCUGGACUUUGAAUCGGAAAGAAUAAGACCGAGACCUGCGCUUGUGAUACAGAUGAUAUUGGAUUUACAAGAGUAACUCAGACUUUUCCUAAAGUUGCUCACUGGUUUUUCAAGGAUAAAUCAUUCUGUGUAAGGAAAACUGCACACAUGACUGUCUCAAGGGUCACCCGGACUCAAGGGAAAUAAGCUUGGUGGUGCCUUAUCGAACCACUGACCGAUUACAGGGCAAAGGCCACAAGAAAAGAGGUUUGACUACCCUGGGGUUGCCAAUGCCUGGAGUCAGCAUUUGAAGCUGACCAGCUGUCUUCUGCACACACGCACACAUUACUUCAGCAAGAUGUUGAGCAUCUUUAAGAUUUUCAUUACCAUCUGCUUCACGGAAUUGGUGUUUGCAAGAAGUAUAACGAAAGAUAUCAGAGUUUCCCGGCCAAUUAUCCUGCCUGGAUUUCCUGAGAAUGUCACUGUAAUGGUUGGAGGACAUGUGAAGCUGGUGUGUAAACUCCACCAGCCGGCCUCAACACGUCUCCAGUGGUUCAAGAAGGACAGCAAUCGCCUAGGGCCUGACGGAUCACCACGUCUCACGGCGCUCACGCCUCUUCUGGAAAACACCUCCAAAGUCAACAUUCUUCCUUUAGUGAACGUUUCCUCGGAAAAUGCCGGAGAGUACGUAUGCAAGGCGGAAAACUCGGUCGGACAAGCUUCUCGCUCUGCCUGGGUGGAAGUCUUAUCAGAAGUUACCGAAGAGCCAACUGAGGAAACAUCAGAACAUCUGCUUCUAGAGAUUGGAGAUGCACUAAAACUCCGCUGUGACACAAGUCGCCCCGGAGCCGUACAGUGGUUCAAGGGUGGUGCAAGGGUCCAACACAGUGCUCGUAUCCAAAUAAGAGCAGCAGUCAUGGAGAUCGCAGACGUAACCUAUGAAGAUUCAGGAGUGUAUGUGUGUGUUUUCCGUGGUACCAAAGAAGCCCUGCGCAAUUUCACCAUCACAGUGACGGAUGCUGUUGGGUCGGGAGAUGAUGAUGAGGACAAUGGUCUGGAUGAUGCUGAUCCUGAAACAGAAAACGAUCAGGUUUACAUCUCCAGAGCACCAUACUGGACUCACACUCAACGGAUGGAGAAGAAGCUGUAUGCUGUCCCGGCUGGUAACACUGUCAAAUUCCGGUGCCCCGCCACAGGAAACCCUCUCCCGACCAUUCGCUGGCUAAAGAACGGCAGAGAGUUCAGAGGAGAGCACAGGAUUGGAGGCAUCAAGCUGCGACAUCAGCACUGGAGCCUGGUCAUGGAGAGCGUGGUUCCCUCAGACCGUGGGAACUACAGCUGCGUGGUGGAGAACAAAUACGGGUCCAUCGCUCACACCUACCUCCUGGACGUAUUGGAGCGUUCUCCACACAGGCCAAUUCUGCAAGCUGGUCUACCAAAGAACAUUACCGCAGUAGUGGGUGGAGAUGUCCAAUUCCUUUGUAAAGUCUACAGUGAUGCCCAACCUCACAUCCAGUGGUUGAAGCACAUUGAGAUGAAUGGCAGCCGGUAUGGACCAGAUGGCAUUCCGUAUGUCAAGAUAGUGAAGACAGGAAGCUUGAACAUGUCUGAAGUUGAAGUCUUAUAUCUUACCAACAUCACAAUGGAGGAUGCUGGAGAAUACACAUGCUUGGCUGGAAACUCUAUUGGCUACUCCCAUCAGUCUGCUUGGCUUACUGUCCUCUCGGAGAAAGAGGUGACCAAGGAGAUGGACCUUAUGGAAGCCAAGUACACUGACAUAAUCAUCUAUGCCUCUGGGUUCCUGGCACUGGUGAUGGCCAUUGUCAUCGUCGUCCUCUGCCGCAUGCAGGUUCAUCCUAGUCAGGAGGCUUUCGAUACGCUUCCUGUGCAGAAGCUCUCCAAAUUUCCUUUACGCAGACAGUAUUCAUUGGAGUCCAAUUCUUCUGGAAAGUCAAGUGCCUCGCUGAUGAGGGUAGCUCGUCUUUCCUCCAGUUGUUCUCCAAUGCUGGCUGGAGUUAUGGAGUUUGAACUGCCUUAUGAUCCUGACUGGGAGUUUCCGAGAGAGAAUUUGACGUUGGGCAAACCACUUGGUGAGGGCUGCUUUGGUCAGGUGGUGAGAGCAGACGCUUAUGGGAUAAACAAAGAGAAUUCAGAUCAUGCGACUACAGUAGCUGUUAAAAUGCUUAAAGAUGAUGCAACUGACAAAGACCUCGCUGACCUUAUCUCUGAAAUGGAGCUAAUGAAGGUGAUGGACAAACAUAAGAACAUUAUAAACCUUCUUGGCGUCUGCACACAAGAUGGUCCACUCUACGUGCUGGUUGAAUACGCAUCUAAGGGUAGCCUACGAGAAUAUCUUCGGGCCCGUCGGCCUCCUGGCAUGGACUACACCUUUGAUGUGACCAAGGUUCCUGAAGAGCAGCUCACCUUCAAAGACUUGGUUUCCUGCGCCUACCAAGUGGCAAGAGGCAUGGAAUACCUUGCAUCCAAAAGAUGCAUUCACAGAGAUCUAGCAGCAAGAAACGUUCUCGUGACGGAAGACAAUGUCAUGAAAAUUGCAGAUUUUGGUUUGGCGAGAGGAGUCCACCAAAUUGACUAUUACAAAAAGACCACCAAUGGCCGUUUGCCAGUGAAAUGGAUGGCACCAGAAGCCUUGUUUGACAGAGUCUACACACACCAGAGCGACGUUUGGUCUUUUGGAGUUCUCAUGUGGGAGAUUUUCACAUUGGGGGGAUCGCCGUACCCUGGAAUACCAGUAGAGGAACUUUUUAAGCUGCUGAAGGAAGGCCAUCGAAUGGACAAACCUUCCAACUGCACACAUGAGCUCUACAUGAAGAUGAGAGAAUGCUGGCAUGCGGUACCGACACAAAGGCCGACAUUCAAACAGCUGGUGGAGGAGCUCGAUAGAGUGCUGGUGUCCAUUUCAGAUGAGUACCUGGACCUAUCCACCCCGUUCGAACAAUAUUCACCGUCUUGUGAAGACACUUCCAGCUCUUGCUCCUCAGACAACGAUUCAGUAUUUACCCACGAUGCUUUGUCAACCGACCCGUGCCUCCUCGGGUACCAUGACGUGCGCUCUCGGAUGGACAUGAAGCCUGUGAUCCGAUAGUCUUUUUCGACACUAACUUGCGGGCAUAGGAUAACACUACAACAAACACUUGCAUAAAAAGCGGUACAAGGAUUUUUGCCUGUGUUGCUCUGCCUAAGAACAUUACAAGAAUGCUUGGCACUAUUAAACUUGGCGAUUGAUAACUUCAUCAGAUUUCCACUGCAGAAACAGGACUGAGUCCGGUCAUUGAGCUGUCGCGUUUAACGUUUCUAGUCAGUGGGCGCUGCUGCAUGUACAAAGUUACAUUCGAGUGGCAUAUAGGAGCACCAGAUUUUUUUAAAGAGAACAUUUAUUUUGAUAUAAAAAGUGGAUAGCAUUGAUGGAUAUAAAUCUGUCUCUAUAUAAGAUUAUUCUACAAUUUCUUUAUUUAAAAAACUGUCUUAAAUCUCAGGAUCUCGCAUGUUAAAAAUUGCUGUAGUGGCAGCAAAGUGCCUGACUUUUCGCAUUUCCUGUGAAUAUCUUAAAGUAUUUUAUGUACAUAUCCUUACAGAAGACAAUUAUGUUUUAUAAAUUAUUCUAAAUGAUAUAAAGUGAAGGUGUUACAUAAGUGAAGAAAUUAUGUAAAUCUCUUUUCAAUCCACCCCUGGCCCUGAACAAUGUAUCAACACGUUCUCAAUAGCUGUUUUUCGCUGCUCAUCGUAUGCCAAACCUCCCAGCAUUCAACUUUCUGUUGUUCGCUUCAUUUCAUGCCUUGCCGUUCAUUGCAACCCCAUUCAAACCGAGACAUCAGGGACCAGCAGUGCUUCCAUUGUCAGCACUGUACCCAAGAAAAGGACUUAACUGAAUGUGAAAUGCCUUGAUAUUGAUUGAUUUCAAACGCUGAAUCCUCCAUUGUUCAACACAGUAACCUUUUAACCAUCCCGGUGUGUUUGCGAGGUCCUGGUGCAGGCCAAGGUGGACAAUGGUCUCAAGCAUCUGUGAUGUGUGUGACUGCUGGCUGGGGUGAUUGGGGGGCUUUCUGAGUCUGUGUGCAAAUGAGAAAGCCCCUUAUUAUGUUAAUGGCUCCAGCUGCUCAUCUUUAUCCGGCACUAUCUUUUAAUAUACAAAUGCUAAUGCUGGCCUUUCUAAACAGAUUCAGCCAUGUCCUUCGGGGAAUGCAAAGCCUCAUCCCACAAGCUGAUAAGAAGCCAAUAGCUUUUUCAAGUUAAUUUACCCGAUACUUUGCAUUCUUAGCCAGGGACGCUCCUAGAAAUCCCCCCGGGCGCAUUCUGGAGACAAAUGGUGCGCAUUCAAAUGGAGUAUGCGAGCUGAUUUCCCUGAUUGGAACACGGCUGAAAUUGUUAGAGAUUAGUAAGAGACUAGAGCUCAAAAUCUCCUUUUUAGGCAGCUACACCAAUGUUUGACCUCCAGAUGAGAAGCAAACUCUUGUAGGCAGUGCGUGACCUCACACGGCCCCUCUACAUCUCUAAAAGCACAUUGUGUGUGUACCAACGACAAAAGAAUUAUAAACCACACGACAUUCCAUUUGUGUAAUUUCCAAUGUAACAAUCGAACGAUGUUAUUAUAAAUUUCCCCUCAAGAGAAUUAUUUUAGAAAUAUCUAAUUUAUUUGUUUAUUGUUUGUUUUAUAUUAAAUAAAGUAUAA